UCCGGAAGUUCCCGGAGGCAGCCAAUCAGAUCGCGUCCCUUUGCUAGCGUUAGCAUCACCCUGGCAAAAACAACUCACUCGCUUUUCUGUUAGCACUCGCUUGCCAGUCAACAAAGAUCGCGAUGUCAGAUUAAAUUGCACGUUUAUUGUCAACCGGGCCUACGUUUUUACCCAUUGCCUUGCGACUGUUGUCGGUCACACGUCGUCGGUCGUCUGGGCUGCUAGCUAACGGCGGAGGAAGAAGAAGAUGGGAUCCGUCCUGAGUCGCAGGAUCGCUGGGGUUGAAGAUAUCGACAUCCAAGCCAACUCGGCAUAUCGUUUUCCACCCAAAUCUGGGAAUUAUUUUGCCAGUCAUUUCUUCAUGGGAGGAGAAAAGUUUGAUACGCCACAUCCUGAGGGAUAUCUUUUCGGGGAGAACAUGGACUUGAAUUUUCUGGGAAACAGACCAGUGCAGUUCCCCUACGUGACUCCUGCACCCCAUGAGCCGGUGAAAACCCUCAGAAGUUUGGUCAACAUACGGAAGGACUCGCUGCGUUUGGUCAGGUAUAAAGACGACUCUGACACUACGGUGGAGGACGGUGGCAAACUCAAGGUUCAGUACGGCGUGGAGUUCACCUUUGACGCUGACGCUCGAGUGGCCAUCACUCUUUACUGCCAGGCUUUUGAGGAGUUCUCCAAUGGGAUGGCCGUGUACAGCCCGAAGGAUUCAGCGAUGGCCUCGGAGACGGUCCACUACAAGAGGGGCGUCAGCCAGCACUUUUCUAUGCCGUCUUUCAAAAUCGACUUCACUGAGUGGAAAGAGGAAGACCUGAACUUUGACCUGGACCGAGGAGUGUUUCCCAUGGUGAUCCAGGCAGUGGUGGACGAAGGGGACGGUAGGUUGUGGACUGAAACACACAAACACACGCUGGGUUGUAUUAUUAACCUGCUUUCUUCUCCAGAUUGCCUCGGACAUGCUCACGUUCUUCUGGCAGCCUUUGAACGACACGUGGAUGGCAGUUUCUCCGUGAAGCCACUGAAGCAAAAGCAAAUUGUGGACCGUGUGAGCUACCUCCUACAGGAGAUCUACGGCAUCGAGAACAAGAACAACCAAGAAACUAAGCCGUCAGACGAGGAGAACAGCGACAACAGCAACGAGUGUGUGGUGUGUUUGUCGGACCUGCGGGACACCCUCAUCCUGCCCUGCAGACAUCUGUGCUUGUGCAACUCCUGCGCCGACACCUUGCGCUACCAAGCCAACAACUGUCCCAUCUGCAGGCUGCCCUUCAGGGCCUUGUUGCAAAUCCGAGCCGUGAGAAAAAAGCCCGGAACGCUCUCUCCCGUCUCUUUCAGUCCUGUCCUGGCUCAGACCAUGGACCACGAUGAGCACUCUAGCUCUGACUCGGUCCCACCUGGCUUUGAGCCCGUCUCGCUGUUGGAGGCUUUGAACGGAAUGCAUUCAGUGUCCCCCCCCAUCCCCUCGGCACCCCUCUACGACGACAUCAACUUCUCGGGUGGUGACGGCAGACCGCUGAGCUCGCCGGAGCAUCUGAGUGACGGUGGCCUGCCGAAGGGCAAAGUCAGCAAGUCACCUGACAGCACCUUGAGGUCUCCGUCUUCUCCCAUCCAGGAGGAGGAUGAGGAGAAGUUGUCUGAGAUGUCAGACGUUCAGCCGCACACGCUUCUGUCCGGCAGUCCCGCCCCCACAGACGCCACAGCAACUGAAGACGUCGCCGACUCGCUGUCCCCAGAUGAUGAGGACAGGAUGCACGUCGGCGCCGACAUCCUCCAGGACUGCGGCAGUGAGCACAGCAGCUUGUCCAAAACACAGAGCGAGCCGCCGGGAGAACUGUCGCUGCCAGUCCUAGGUCCUGACUCCUGCUCUGUUGGUAUGGAGGAGUAACAGCGGGUCGUCCGAGUCCACGGAGAGCCUGAAGAGUCAGAGCACAAACUGCUCCAGCCAGCCUCUCCUGGGCCCCUCGAGCAGCUUCCACAGGGAGGACGAGCUCCUUCUCCCCUGACCUCCUCUUCAUCCACAUCCAUGCCUUCCCGCCUCCUUGUCAGCGAGUAGCACCGAGCUUUUCCCCCACUCCAUCGAGGCUAACGUGGAGGAAACUUUUACGCAAUGUGGACGCUUGGGACUGCUCUUCAAAGCACACUUCCUCUUCAUCUGUCUAUGUUGGAACAGCACACUCACCAUAUAUUUAUGUUUAUUCAAUCCAACAUUCUGUAUUUUAGGGACUUUUUGCAAGUGAUUUUUUGCUUGGUUUAUAAUCCAUGCUGAGAUAACAUUUUUAUAUUCAAAAGGUAAUUUAAGGCUACGCUGAAAAGAUGAAUGAAAGUAGUUUUGAGUAAAUUAAACCAAAAAAAAAGCGGUAUUUUUUUCAUGUAAAAAUCAUUUUACUCUCACAAGUUUAUGAUAAUAUUCCUGCAAUGAAAUUGUGACUUUAUUUCCGCCUUUCAUUGACAUUUUUAUCAUACAAUUUAGCCUCACAUGAUAAACACGUUUUGUUUAUUUAGAUUUAAUUAAAAGUGACAUUUUUCCGCAAUUUAUCUUUUUUUUUUACGCAAGAUGAUGAAUCCAUUGCCACAGUUUUUUGACUUUCAUUGUGAAAUAUGCUAAGGUAAACGUUCUUCUUUAUGUUGAUUAAAAACAAUUAUGACACAAUGGAAUACAUUUAAGUAACUUUAAUUUCAAAACAGUCCCAAAAUGAUGACUUAAUUUGAUAUUUAGACGGUUUUGUUUUUAAAGUCUAAAAAUAUGCUAAGAUUCUUUGCACGCAAUCCCACUUUUACUUUGACAACAUUCAGAUCUUUUUCAUGCAAUCACAUAAUAUUUGUUGUCACAUAAUUGCCUCUUUCUAGUAAAUAUAUAACUCUAUUGUCCUCUUCAGCAUGGCCUAAAUACUUUUUCUUAUUUAAAACGCACCAAAAUCUCUUCUCAUACACGUACUAAAAGUCCUGUGUUGCUUUUUACAAAUGCAUAUUCGUGCGAUAUAAAUGUUAUUUGGGAAAACAACAUACAAUGCUGAAUUAGACGUAGAUGCGGUUGAAGGUGUACAUUAGGAAUAUAUCAAUAAGCGCUGCAACAAAUUCAUUGUCAACCAGUUAAGAUGCUUCGGCUCUCUGCUUGUUGGAAGCGGUUUAGGAAAAAAAGGAGCAUUUUGUACAUCUCUGUGCCUUCAAUCGAUUAUUUUCCUCCUUUGUUUGCAUUAAGACGUCCUCGCAAAAAUGCUACAAACUGUAUAUUUAACUUUUCCUUAUUGUUAUUAGACAAUAUGAAGUAUAAGUGUUGUGUGUUGUAUAAUUCUGCAUUUGAGCGAGGAGUUGAAGACCACAUCCAACAAUAUGUGCAUUUUCCAGACGCUUUUUAAGGCUUUUCUUUCUUUGGCUCCUUCUCUGUGCCAUUUCAAGUCCACACCGUGCCUUCCUGUCCCUGUUCUGACCAUGGUUGAAUCUAGUAAGCAGGACAACAAUCCUGUAGAAGCCUCUUGUGUGUGUCUAGCAGCAUGAGAUCAAUAAAAGAGCAAACGUG